AUGAAAUUGGAUACAUCUCACAUGAGAUAUUUGACGACUGACGAUUUUCGUGUCCUUCAAGCCGUUGAACAAGGUUCUAAAAAUCAUGAAGUUGUCCCUACUCCCUUGAUACAUCAAAUAUCGGGGAUGAGGUCGCAGUCCGGUACUAAUCGAGCCAUUAGUGAUUUGGCCAAGCUAAGUUUGAUCUCCAAAAUGAGAAACAUUAAGUACGAUGGUUAUAGGCUGACGUAUAACGGUAUCGAUUAUCUGGCUCUGAAGACCAUGUUGAACAGGAAUACUGUUUAUUCCGUAGGCAACACCAUUGGUGUUGGUAAGGAAUCUGAUAUUUAUAAAGUGAGUGAUAAAAAUGGGAAUCCAAGAGUAAUGAAGAUUCACAGAUUAGGUCGAACCUCCUUCCAUUCCGUCAGGAAUAAUAGAGACUACCUGAAGAAUUCUAAUCAAGGUGCUAACUGGAUGCAUCUUUCGCGUUUAGCCGCCAAUAAAGAAUAUCAGUUCAUGUCAAUGCUUUAUUCUAAGGGUUUCAAAGUUCCUGAGCCAUUUGAUAAUUCACGCCAUAUUGUUGUGAUGGAACUUAUUGAAGGUUACCCAAUGAGAAGAUUAAGAAAACAUAAGAACAUACCUAAACUUUAUAGUGAUUUAAUGUGUUUUGUCGUUGAGCUGGCCAAUAGUGGGCUAAUCCAUUGUGAUUUCAAUGAGUUCAAUAUUAUGGUUAAAGACAAAGUAGAAGAUGAACAGGACUGCGGGUUUGUGGUUAUUGAUUUCCCACAAUGUGUAUCUAUUCAGCAUCAAGAUGCCGACUAUUAUUUCCAGAGAGAUGUUGAUUGUAUUCGCCGUUUUUUCAAGAAGAAACUAAAGUACGAACCAAAAUCCGAUUCAUCAAUGCUUGACACUGAAGGUUUUGGGGAUGGUUAUAGAUAUGCAUAUCCCGAAUUCAAGAGAGACAUUAAAAGGAGCGACAAUUUGGAUGAAUUGGUACAGGCCUCCGGAUUUAGUAAGAAACACCCGGGCGACAGGAGCUUGGAAACUGCUGUUGAAAGCAUGAGAAACACUGUUUAUGCCUCAGGUGACGAUAUAUCUAAUGAGGAAGCAGAAGAUGGAAACGAAGAAGGCGAUUAUUCAGAGGAGGAGGAAUUUUAUGAUUCUGAGGUUGAUAAUGAGAGUUCUGGUGAUGAUAGCGAAGAUCCACAGGAAGAGGAAAACGAACGUAUCAUAGAGGCACUUUCUAGUGGUGUCGAAAAUCUAAAAAUGGAUAAACUAGGUAACUACAUACUAGAGUAG